AUGGCCUCCGCAGUGAGCAGCUCCGUGGCCACUCGCCCCGCGGCCUUCGCCAGCCAACAGCAGCGGCGCGCGGCGCGCGGCAGCCGCCGCUUGCAGCGCUGCUUGGCGGCGGCAGACAACGAGGAGCAGAAGCUGGACUUCACCAGCAAUAAGCGCGCGGCGCUGGGCUUCACGGAGAGUGACUCCGCGGGGCAGACCAACGUGUUUGCGGUGGAGCCCAAGGUGUAUGUGGCGGGCAGCACCGCGGACACGACUUCUGCUGGCAACCAGGCGACCAUCUUCAUUGCGGGUGUGGCAGCGCUGGCCGCGGCGGCUGCUGUGGUUGGCGGCCUGCUGGCCAACACCGGCCCCUCAGCGCUGGACGCUCUGGUUCCCGCUGAGGAUGUCAAGACGCUGACCGCCUACAGCAAGCUUUUUGCGGCUGAGCUGGCGCCCGCGCCGGCGCUCAGCGAGUAG